AUGAUUUCUGCUCCCGAGAAAGUGGUCCCUGGACAGCCUAUUGUGCCUAUACUUCCAGACAGCGUUUACGAAGCUGGAGAAGGUGCUAGUAUGAAAAAACUGUACGCCAACAACGAACUCAUAACGUGCAUAGUGUCCAACAAGCUGGGAAAAGUGAUAACCCAAGAAAAGGAUGGAAAAACGAUUAUCAGUGUGGUAUCGGUAGGAUCUGGAUCCAACAAGAUAACUACGCCCAAGGUUGGCGAUAUCGUAAUCGCCAAGGUGGUGAGAAUAACGGGAACGAGAGCGCUCUGCGAUAUCUACAGCAUUGAGACUGCCACGGGAACAGGUCUAAUUAACUCGGUUCUUGCAGAAGGUGUUGAGAAUUUCAGAGGUGUGGUAAGGAGUCAAGACAUACGAUCUACAAACAGAGACUCUGUAAAGUUGGUGGAAUGUUUCAAACCCGGUGAUAUUAUACGAGCCCAGGUAAUAUCGCUCGGUGAUGGAAGGGACUACUUCUUGACCACCUCUAGAAACGACCUGGGUGUGAUAUUUGCCAAAUCAAACGGUGGUGCUGGGCAGAUGAUGCUCGCACUGGACUGGCAGACGAUGGUGUGUCCUGAAACAGGUAAGACAGAAAAACGUAAAUGCGCAAAACCUUUCUAA